AUGUCGCCUCCCAUUCGCACCGCCAUAAUCGGCCUUUCCUCUUCCGCAGCUACUAACUGGGCAGCCGCCGCCCAUCUACCCUGCCUUAUCUCCCCGACCGGUCAAACACUCUUCAGCAUCAUUUCUCUCUGCAACAGUAGUCCCACUGCAGCCUCCAAUGCCAUCUCGACGUACAAUCUCGAUGCCUCUACGGUAAAGCCUUACGGCGACCCUGACUCCCUCGCCGCGGACCGUGCCAUCGACCUCGUCCUGUGCAACACCCGGGUUGAUAAACACCUGGAAACAGUCCUGCCCAGUCUCUUGUCCGGAAAAGAUGUGUAUAUCGAAUGGCCAAUCGCAUGCAACAAAAGCCAAAUAGAUGAGUUGAUUGCUGCUGCAGCUCUCGGCGGGGGCCGUGUGGCGAUAGGAUUACAGGGACGUUUUGCGCCCCCGGUGCUAAAGGUCAAAGAGGUUCUCGAGUCGGGAAGGGUGGGUAAGCUAUUGAGUACUGAGGUAAGAAUAUUUGGGGGCACGAGAGAUCGAGAAAUCUUGCCGAUCGGACUUAAAUACUUUGCCGAGAAAAAUAUCGGGGGCAAUCCGAUUGUGAUUGGUUUUGGACAUGUCAUCGACUAUAUCCAGUCUGUCGUGGGCGAUAUCAUCCCCGGAACAGAUGAAGCGCGGACCCAGAUCCAGCGUCCAGAUAUCCGCGUUCGAGAUCCACAGACCGAUACGAUUGUCGAGUCCAUUCGCUCCGACGUACCCGAUUUGCUUAGUCUGCAUGGAUCUCUACCCGAAUCCCCCCAUAUACACGCCAAUGCCAGUCUGAUCGCAUAUUUUCUCCGCGGCCAGCCCUACCCAGGCGAUCCAUCGCUAUCGUGGACCUUGACUGGAGAAAAAGGCACGAUUCGGUUGACCGCGCCCGCUGGUAUCUCGCUGCAAGCUGACGCAUAUGCCGAGCCCGUGACUAUCGCGGUGCACCAGUUCGACACGGACAAGGUGGAAAUGGUCCCCUGGGCUUGGUCGGAAAGGCAGAUGGAGGUGCCGACUCGGGCACGAUCAGUGCAGCAUUCCUUGAUCAGUUUUGCUAAUGCGGAUGAGUCGGGAUAUGUUUCGCUGGAGGAUGCAGCAAGGAGGGCCGGCCAGAUUGAAGGCUGGUUCAAAUGUUAG